AUGCCCCGGGGGAGGCGUGGGAGCCGGGUCCUCGCCCUGGAGGGCGGCCGGGAGGAAGAGGCGUCCCCGAAGGCGGCUGCUGUACCCUCAGCGCUGUUAGGGCCCCCGCAGCAGACCGAGACAGCCGCGGAGCAGAUUCUGCUCCGGGGCAUCUUCGAGAUCGGGAGGGGCAGCUGCGACGUGGUUUUGAGCGAGCGAGCCCUGAGGUGGCGGCCUAUUCAGCCCGAGCUCCCUGGGGGUGAAUCCAAGUUUGACUUGCUCUGUAAAGAAGAAUUUAUUGAACUCAAAGACAUAUUCUCUGUGAAAUUGAAACGGCGUUUUUCCGUUAAACAGCAAAGAAGUAACACUUUAUUAGGAAUCACACUUUUCAUCUGCUUGAAAAAGGAUCAGAAUAAACUAAAAGAUUCUACACUUGACCUUAUUAACUUAAGUGAAGACCACUGUGAUGUAUGGUAUAGACAGUUCAAGAAAAUUUUGGCAGGUUUUUCAAAUAGACCAAAGUCCUUAAAAAUACUCCUUAAUCCACAAAGUCACAAAAAAGAAGCUACUCAGGUCUAUUAUGAGAAGGUUGAACCUCUGUUGAAGCUUGCAGGAAUUAAAACUGAUGUAACAAUAACGGAAUACGAGGGGCAUGCUCUGUCACUGCUUAAAGAAUGUGAACUCCAGGGAUUUGAUGGUGUCGUCUGUGUUGGUGGAGAUGGUUCUGCUAGUGAAGUAGCUCAUGCUUUGCUCCUGAGAGCCCAGAAGAAUGCUGGGAUGGAAACAGACCGAAUCCUGACUCCUGUCAGAUCACAGCUUCCACUGGGCUUAAUUCCGGCAGGAUCUACUAAUGUAUUGGCACAUUCUCUUCAUGGAAUUCCUCACGUUGUAACUGCAACUUUACACAUUAUAAUGGGACAUGUGCAACUGGUCGAUGUCUGCACCUUCAGCACCACUGGCAAGCUUCUUCGCUUUGGGUUCUCAGCCAUGUUUGGCUUUGGUGGAAGAACUUUGGCUCUGGCAGAAAAAUACCGAUGGAUGUCCCCGAACCAACGGAGAGAUUUUGCUGUAGUUAAGGCACUGGCAAAACUUAAGCCAGAGGACUGUGAAAUAUCAUUUUUACCAUUUGACAACUCUCAAGAUGUACAAGAAAAGACUGCACAGGGAUCUCCCAAAUCGGGCUGUAAUGAUCAAUGGAAAAUGAUCCAGGGUCAUUUCUUGAAUAUUAGCAUUAUGGCAAUUCCUUGCCUGUGUUCAGUGGCACCUGGAGGCUUGGCACCUAAUACCAGAUUAAAUAAUGGAAGUAUGGCUCUUAUAAUUGCACGAAACACUUCUCGGCAAGAAUUUAUAAAACACUUGAAAAGAUAUGCCAGUGUAAAAAAUCAGUUCAAUUUUCCAUUUAUUGAGACUUACACUGUUGAAGAAGUAAAAGUUAUUCCUAGGAAUAAUGCUGGUGGAUACAAUCCAGAUGAGGAGGAUGGAUCUCAUGAAACUGCUUCAGAAAAUAGUUUCCCUUGGAAUAUAGAUGGUGAUUUAAUGGAAGUUUCAUCAGAGGUCCAUGUUAGAUUGCAUCCAAGGCUUAUCAGUCUUUAUGGAGGAAACGUGGAAGAAGUGAAUGAUUCAAAAAAGGCUAUUUUUGAAACUGAAGAUAAAGACUUUAUAUACUUGAGCUGGCUAGCACUUCCAGACACCAGGCGGCCUGCGGCUGCUGGCCCAAUCACCCCGAACCUUCACACAUCCUGA